UCAUUUUUUUCCCAGUGAUUGUCUUGUUGUUCUCUGUUCCAAACUACUUUUGCUUUGUAUUUUCUUUUUAUUGUUUAUUCCUACCAUGCCAGACUGGAACAAAAUUUUAAACCAUCCAUUGUUUAAUGUGGUCUUCUUUGUUUUUGUGCGUCAACUCACGAAAGCAUUCCAUCUGGAUCAGCCCGAGUAUCUGUGGCCAUUGCGAUUCUUGUAUAUUGCCUCGCAACUGGCCAUUCUCGCAUUGAACUUCCAACUCAUUACGCAGGUGCAGAAAAAGAAUGAUACCACCAUCUUGCGAUACGUGGAACCUUCGAAGCAAAACUGGGAUGGAUCACAAGAACCUGAGCAAUUGGUCAACACAACGGUGAUGGAAUACGAUGUCAACGAGAUCAAAAAGCAGAUGAAGCAGGGAUUUAUUGGUAUCGGUAUGAUUGCGGUGAUGCACUGGAAGUUCCAAUACGUGCAACCUUUGAUUCUGCAGGCGAUUCUUGGAUUCAAGACGUUUUACAGCACCAAGGAAGCCCGCAUUCACAUCUGGAAAGAAAGUGCGACCGGUGAACUUCGUCGUCCGUUCAAGCUCCAAUCGCCUUUUGGUCUGAUGCCCGAAUCCAAACAACCAAAGACAGAUAAAGGAUCCAUCAAGAAGGCCGAGCGUGCGAGAAAAGCAGAAUAAUAGUAGCAACAAAAGUAGAUUUUUUUUAAAACAGAAGAGCUGCUUCAUAUUAAAAAAAAAAAGCCGUAAUAACCAGAGCAUCGCAAGCG